AUGGAAAAUAAUUUUGAACAACUUAUUACUACACUUCAAACAUCUUCAUCAUACAAUGAUUGUCUUUGUGAAAUAAGAUAUAUUUUAGAAAAACAAAAUUCUGAAUUAUCAUCAUCAUUUAUUUCACAAUUCUAUCAAUCAAUACUCAUCCUUGAACAUUGGACAUGGCAAUUAUUCAGUCAAAAUUCUCAUGAAUGGAUCGAAAACCCAAACUAUUUAGAAUUAUUUCAUACACUUGCAUUAUUUAAUAAGAACUUAAUUAUCAAUUAUGAAGAUAUUGAAGUUAAUACGAAAGGUUCAUUGCUUUUUCCUGUUACAAUUGACUGCAUUAAUGAUAUAUUCGAAAGAUUUGAAAAAACAAGCGAUGAAAAUGAUCCAUUUAUUAUCAUAGUUAGUCUAUGGUAUGAUAAUCUUUGCUGUUUCUUAUAUAUUAAUGCUGAAUUUGAAAUGUCCACUGUUAUCAUUCAUAUCAAUUAUUAUAUGGCGCGUAACUAUAUUAUGACUGAUCAAUAUAAAUUCUAUUUAAAUCAACUGCGUCAAUCACCAUUAUCACAAUCUAUAUUUACUGCUAAACAGUUAUUCUAUAUUAAAACAUGUUCAUUAUUUUUAAGUACAUAUUUAUUGGCAAAACCUUCAGUUUUUCUUUAUACUCCGGAAGAAUUAAUUCAUCAUUUUGGUGCUGAUUACGUACAAAUAAUUCUUCUUCAUACUUGUACUAUAGAAUUAUGGAGUACACAAUUACUGGCUUGUAUUACACACCUUCUAGCCCUUUUCGCUUCUUGCUGUUGGUGGGGAGAAGAAAAGAGAUCACAAACAAAAAUAGUUUUUCCGACUGAAUUAGCAACCUGCGAAUAUAUCAAUGCACUUAUUCGUAUUAUUGAUUAUAAGCCAUUCUAUCAAUCGAUUACGACACAGCGAUCAAAUGAUCAAACAAUUAUUUUAGAAGUAACUUUAUUUCGUAUAUUACUUAUAGCACAAAAUGGAGAUUUUCUUUGGUUUCUACGUUCAAAGAUUUCGCUACCAGAUACACUUUUGGCUAUGGCUAAAAUAUCACCUUUUGAUAAAAUGCGUUUGUGUAUAUAUGCAAUACUUGGUGAAAUUCUAUGUGAUGAAAAUUUGAAAGAAUUAAAAAUUUUUGAUAGUGCAGGUAGUUUAUUCUUUAAUAUAUUUGAAGAAGCAUGGCAACAUCCAUCAAAAAAGUUUAAACAAAUACCAAUAUUGCUCCUAUUGAAAUUGUUAUUGAAUUUAUCAAAAAUUGAUACUUUUCAACAGCAGAUAGCUGACACCAACAAAGUGUCAUUUUUAAUUGAAAUAUGUGAUCAAUAUCCAAUAGUAUACGAUAUUCUAUGGGCACUUUCAUUCAAUCGUAAUAUUCAAGAACAACUUCGUUCAAAUACAUCAUUUAUAACAAAAUUAACUUCUCUACCAAAAGAAUGUGAUAAUCAAAUACGAAAAUUUUCAUAUGGAAUAUUAUGGAAUUUAGAAAUAAAUCAUGAAAAUCGUACAACAUUAGCAAUUAAUAAUGAAAAAAAUUUUGACAUUAUGAUUAGUUAUUCACAUCAAGAUAAAAUUUUCUGUAAACAAUUAUAUGAAGAACUUAUCAAAAUAGGUUAUCGUGUAUGGAUUGAUUUUGAUCAAAUGCAUGGUAAUAUUAUGGAUGCAAUGGCACAAGCAAUUGAACAAUCAAAUAUAAUUUUAAUAUGUAUGAGUGAACAAUAUCGAAGAAGUAAUUAUUGUCGAGCAGAAGCAAAUUAUGCAUUUCAACGUCGAAUUAAAAUUGUUCCAAUUCUUUUACAACAACAUUAUAAACCCGAUGGUUGGUUAUUAUUUCUAGUUGGUCAAUUAGUUUAUGUAAAUUUUACUAAAUAUGAAUUUUCACAAGCUAUGAAAAUGUUAAUCAAAGAACUGAAAGCUCCAGUCAUCAGUGAAAUAUGUCCUGUAAAUGUUGAUUUGAAAGAAGAAGUUAAUAUUACGAUUCCUAUGACACCUGUAUCGCCAGAACUAUUAUCAGCAUUAAUACUUCCGGAAAAUAUUCUUGAUUGGAAUCAAACACACGUGCAUGAUUGGUUGACUGGUCAUGGUUUGCUGCAAAUGUCUCGUUUAUUUGUUAAUUUUAAUGGUCGAAGUUUGAUGUAUAUGAGUGAAAUCAUAGAAAAUGUUGAACUUCAACAAGUUGUAUCUUUAUUGCAAGAUGAUUCUCUUCAACGAACAAGUCGAAGUUUAUCAUUAGUUGAAUUAGCUCAUUUACGAUCUCUAUUGAAUCAACAAAAACAAUCUUUGACAUCUACCAUCGUUGCCAAACCUACAAAAGUGGAAAUUGAGAAAUUACAAAGAAAACCUUUUUUUUAUUGUCAAAUAAUUUAA